AUGGAAUUAUUAUUGCAAAUGGGAUUUCAGUUGUUGUGGAUAUCAUUGUGUUUUCCAACACUCCUCAAAAUGAAAGGCAAAAGAAGAUAAGAGAGCUCCAUUGGUACCAUAUAGUCUUCAUUUGUAUUUAUGCAGUAGAAGCCUCGCUCAAACUCCUUGGUCUUGGUUUCAGGAAAUAUUUCCUGUCUGGCUGGAAUAUAUUCGACUUCUUUGUAACUGUGGCUGGUUUUAUUGGUGCAGUGUCAGCAUCCUUCAGUUUUAUCGUCUGUUUGAGACCCUUGAGACUUUUGCUACUUUUUAAAUUGAAAGAAAGAUACCGUGACUUGUUUGAGACAAUAGGUGUCUUAUUACCUCGAAUGGCCAGGGUUGCCGUCGUCAUUCUGUUGAUGUACUACUCGUUUGGAAUCAUUGGAAUAGAAUGCUUCUCUGGACUCGAACUAAAGGAUUGUUGUGUAAACACUUCGUGGGAAGGAGAAUACAAGGAGGGUGGCUAUUAUUAUUUAAACAACUUCAAUGAUUUGCUACAUUCAUACGUGACUUUGUUCGAGUUGACAGUGGUAAACAACUGGUUUAUAAUAAUGGAAGGGUUAGUUUACCUGACAUCAGACUGGGCCAGAGUAUUCUUUAUGUCAUUUUACAUUGUCACAAUGGUUGUUAUGACAAUAGUUGUGGCGUUUAUCCUAGAAGCCUUUCUCUUCCGGAUUGAAUACAGAAAAGAACAUCCUACCGACGAGAAAGAGGAUAUGAAAAUCAGGAUGGAAAUCAUUGUGACCUACGAAGAACUCCUGGCCUUGGGCGAAAGCUAUGUGGAAGAUCUACAGCCCGAUCAGCCCGUUCAUUACGUAGGAAAACGCCCCAAGACAAAAAUGGAUUUGAGCGUAAAAAUGUACGACGAUGAAGUCAAGGAAUGGAUAAAAAAGGAAAGGGCCCUCAACAUGGGAGAAACUUCAGUGCACGCUUAUAUAACAGAGGAUAAAAUGCCCAUGUCUUCUACCAACUCUCCUUCAUCACCAGUCUCCUCGAAUACGUCAUCCAAUGGUCUUGUGACUGAUGAGAUAACAAUGGGAGAAGUAAACACAGUGUUUGAUGAGGAAGAAGUAAAUUAUGACGCCACCUUUUGAAAAUGGGAGCGGGAAAAACUGUUAACCUUCAACAAGAGUUCAACAGAUUACUCUAUUAUGUACAUAUACUCAGUAAAAUAGGCCAUAACCAUACAAUAUACACUAAUCGAAAUGUCCUAAACUCGAACUCGAACUUUUUAAAAGCGAUUUGUCUAAAAAAGAUAUUGAUUCUAAACAUUUUUUAAAUUUUGCAAAAUAUAUUUUUUGAAUGUCCCUUUUCGGCUUCCGUGGUUUGAAAUAUUUUUUGAUGUUUUGAUGGUUGACCUCAGAAAUUCUCUACAGGCUCUAAAGAAUACCACAUCUGUUCAAGAGGCUCAAAAGCUAAUCUCAGAUAAUAAUCUACAAACAGUCUUAGGGCUUGCAGGUACCCAUCAGAUCUUAAGUAAACAGGAAGACAUUUAAAAUCA